AUGGCACGCCAAGACGACGACGAAGCCUCCUGGGACCUCUUGUACACCUUGCUCGGCUACUCGCGCAAGCUGCAAGCCGUGCCUGUGUCUGAGAAUCUCUGGGGUUGUCUCGACCUCGUCGCCGUUUACAACGUCAGCAACGACAUCAUCCAGAUGGUGUACGACAACAAACUCUGCGCGAACGAUGGUGGCGUCUCCUACGUCCACCAUACAGGCAAUAUAGUCAUGCCCAUCGACAAGAUGAAGGAGUUCUUUGAGGAGUGCGGCUAUACGCACCUCUUCGAGAAGCUGCCUAUUUAG